GGCUCCGUCUUUACGACACUUUACGGCAUUCCGAACGCUUUACGGCACUGUUGACAUCCGUUCGGACCGGAGAGUUUAAGGUCCGGCAAAGGUUCCGGUUCGGUUUCAGCCCUAACCGUCACUAAAUGAGCGUUUUUGAUUUGUUUCGCGGGUUUUUCGGGGUUCCUGGAGGUAAUUUUCACGGUCGAAGAGACCCGUUCUUUGACGCCAUGACCCGCGAUGAGGAGGACGACGAUGAAGAUGAAGAUGUUUUCCACCACGAUGGCUUCAUGGGGGGUCAGGAGGACCCUUUCGAUGGCGCCUUCAGGUUUGGUUUCAGUUUUGGUCCGGACGGGAUGAGGGUCCAGGAGCCCCCGGUAUUCGGCCACAUUCUCCGGGAGAUGGAGGAGAUCUUCUCCCAGAUGGGUCGCUUGGAGUCUGGACACUUUGAUCUCCCCAGGGUCAUGCCUCCCCCAGCAGCUCCGGACAGAGGCGGGAAUCCUCUGCGGGACUUCAUGCUCAAACACCCGGACCGGGCCCCGCCCCACGGGUCCCCUCGGCCCCCGCCCCACGGGUCCCCUCGGCCCCCGCACGCGCCCUUUCACGGCUGGACCCCCUUCUCCAAAGAGCCGCUCAGAUCUGCAGACGAAGACCUCAGACGGGACGGAGAUCUGGACUCUGCAGUGUCCUCUGGUGGCCUGGAUCAGAUUUUAGCGCCCCCUUCAGGUCAGAAACCAGACCAGCCGAGGAGCAGGUCCUUCUUCCAGUCGGUGGUGGUCUCUAAGGUUCUGAGGCCCGAUGGGACUGUAGAGGAGAGGCGGACAGUCAGAGACGGUCAGGGACGCGAGGAGACCACCGUGACCCGCUCAGGAGGUCCCGGGAGACUGGAAGAACCCGGGCAGACCGGACCGGUGCUGCCAGGUGGACCUCAGGGCUCCUCAGACCUGCGAGAUGACGACUCGCUGUUCUCCAGGUUCUUUGGAGGCUUCAAAUAACCUCCAGAACCUUCAGACCCGUCUGGAUCCAUCCACGCCGUCUUGUUUGAGAGAAAGUGUUAUUUCUGUCCAAAGUUGGCCUCCGUCUGUGAUCCCAGGACGGAGAGGAAACUCUGACGAUCUAUUUUUCUACCGUCGUCUUGGCGCCGCACAGAUACGAACCCAAUAAAGACCUAAUUUAUUCACAA